AUGAGCUCUUCCACCAUCCUCGAAGAUGAUCUCGACGAGAAACGCCAGACGGCGUCAAAGCCAGAGAUGAUCCGGGUCGAGUCGAACGUGGACAAGGCUAUUGACGCAGAGGCCAAUAUCAACAUCACGCCCGCCUCAGAGAAUGGAGGCCUGGGAGAGGCAAACCGUGACGAUCCAGGCCCUCCUCCAAAUGGCGGACUGCGUGCAUGGAUGCAAGUCGUCGGUUCUUUCUUCUUGUUCUUCAAUUCCUGGGGCACCGUCAACGCCUUUGGCGUCUUCCAAACGUACUACGAAUCCAACCCGCUCUGGCACGCGUCACCCAGCGACAUUUCGUGGAUCGGGUCCAUCCAGGCCUUCCUGCUGCUGCUCGUCGGGUUGGUGUCGGGCCCCCUGUACGAUGCCGGCUACUUUCGCGAGCUGAUCACCAUCGGCGCGGUGCUUGUGCCGCUAGGAUUCAUGAUGACCUCGCUGGCCAAGGAAUACUGGCAGACGAUGCUGGCGCAGGCGUUCUGCGUCGGGGUCGGCAACGGGUGCGUCUUCGUGCCCUCGGUCGCCAUCCUCCCCCAAUACUUCUCGUCGCGCAAGGCGCUGGCCAACGGCCUGGCGGCCUCCGGCUCCAGCCUGGGCGGGCUGAUCUACCCGAUCGUGUUCCGGCGCAUGCAGCAGGAAGUGGGCUUCGCCUGGGCCACGCGCACCAUCGGCUUCAUCUCGUUCGUGACCGUGUGGUUCUCGGUGCUGGUCAUGAAGCCGCGCCUCCUGCCCAAGCAGCGGCGGCCGCUGACCGACCUCGCCGCCUUCCGCGAGCUGCCCUACACGCUCUUCUGCGUCAGCAUGUUCUUCGGCUUCGUCGGCCUGUACGGGCCCCUGUACUACAUCGGGCCCUACGCGAUCCAGAACGGCAUCACCGGGGAGAACCUGGGCUUCUACCUGCUGCCCAUCAUCAACGCCGCCAGCAUCCCAGGCCGCAUCAUCCCCAAUACCAUCGCCGACCGGGUCGGGCCCUUGAACGUGCUGUUCCCCUGUGCCACCAUCGCCGCCGUGCUGGCCCUGGUGUGGAUCGCCAUCAAGUCCCUCGGAGGGCUGCUGGCCUUUGCCCUGGUCUACGGUUUCUUCAGCGGGGGAUUCGUCUCGCUGCCCCCGGUCGCCGUCGUCACCUUGACCCGCGACAUGAGCAAGAUCGGCACCCGCAUGGGCCAGUGCUUCUUCAUCAGCGCUUUUGGUCUCCUGGUCGGCACCCCCGUCUCCGGCGCCAUCCUCAAGAGCACGGGCAAGUGGUGGGGCGUGCAGCUCUGGAGCGGCGCCGCCAUCCUCGUCACCGGGUCUCUGCUGCUCUGGGCUCGCGUGGUCGUCGCCGGCUGGCAGCCGAUGAGACGGGCGUGA